AUGAAACAACAUCGAUUAUUUCGAUUAUUGCUCAAUACAUUUGGUUUUAUUGGCAUACAAUUACGACCAUUGAUUUUAAAUAAUUCAAUCAGCAUAAUAAAUUGGUUAUGGAAUAUUGUUAUAAAUUUAUUAACACUUUAUUCAUUAUAUGAUCAAAAACCAAUGAAAGUAAGAUUGGAACGAUUAAUAACAUCUGAUCAAUAUCUGAUGUAUUAUUUUAUCAAAAUAUGUGGUCUAUUCAUUUUUCCUGGUCUUUAUCUAUCCUAUAUUAUUACAUAUUUGAUUUAUGGACGUCUUUUAAUACAAUAUUUAAAAUCAUCAACAUUUUCAUCGGUUCGAGUUUCGCAUAAAUCAAUUAUGAUUUUCAUUUCUGCAAGUUCAAUUCCAACAUAUUUACUUUGGUUAAGAAAAUUUUUACCAUACUAUACGUAUAAUUUAAGAACAUUAUUUGCAAUUGAAUUGUUUAUAUUGUAUCGUUCAGUUACAUGGAUUUUUUUAUAUUUCAUUCAAUUGGCUAAUCUUCAUGUGUUGAAACAAAUUCGUCAACGUUAUCUGAAUGAUGAUAAUGAAAAACAAACAGCACAAUUGGCUAAUGCAAAAAAAUGUCAAAAUUGUUAUUUGAGACGAUCACGAUGUGCGAUAUCGGCAUCAUUGGCUAAGAUUGGCAAAAGAAUUGAACCAUUACGACAUACAUUAAAAAAUCAAUCAUCAAUCACAAAAUGUCGAGAUCUUUAUGAAGAGAUGAAAGAAUUGGCUGAAUUGAAUAAUCGUUUACAGCGGAUAUUUUCAAUACUAACCACCAUUCAUUUAAUUCAUACAUCAGUCAUCAUUACAAUAUCUUUAAACGAUGCAGCUAUGACUAAUUUUCCUCUUAAUUUAUGGUAUUUUUCUGAUGUUCUAUUCAGAAUAAUAUUUUGGUUUGGUCUUUUAUCGAUGAAUCGUAAAGUUUUACAAAAUUUCAAUCAAAUUGAAGGAUUUAUGUUACGAAAAUUACGUAAAGUUCGUCCAACUCAAACAAUAUCAUCAAGAAAAAAUUCAUCACCAUUAAAAUGUGCUAAAGUUUUAAAAUUCAAAGAAAUAAACAUUUAUCAACAAUCAUUUUUUAUAUUAUUGUUCGAUGUUCUUCGUAUUGAUCUGAAAUUUUUAUUAGAUUGGAUUUGUUUUAUUGCCGGUUAUGCAACAUUAAUCCAUCAAACACAUCGAAUUCAUAUUUAAUUCGACCAAACAAAAAUCAUAAAAACUAUUGCCAUCUAUCGAUCAAUUUAUUUCUUAAAUGUCGACAUUUUUUUCCCCACAACAUUAACGCCAUCUUUAGUACACAAUUUGAAAUCAAAAUUGGAAGAAG